GAUGGUUGUGGCCUUCCCCCAAACGUUCGUUCUCACGCUCUCUAGAAUUAAAUAUAUACAUACAUAACGUUUACAGUUGAAUUAUGUCUUACGUAUAAACAAAAAGAGAUUAGCAAUCCUGAUAUAAAGCACCUAGAGCUUGCUAUAUAUACUUGUCUUACUCUCAGAGAAUCUUAGAUAGUUCGAAACGAAGUCGGUGUCAAAAGGCGGAACAAUCCGAACAUUAGAUAUUUUGUGAAUGUCGUCACUUUAUCCGCACUUCAUGGUUGUUCGUGACGCCCAGACCCUGGAAUUUCCAAGGAUUGAUGACUAAGGACAAUUAACAGCCAGCACAGAAAGAAGCUAACAUUUAAAGCAAAAGAUAAGUGAAACCCAGGCAGAAGUGUUUUUCUCUUAAAUUGGAGAGUUCAUGUUCAAGAUGCUUGGAAUGUGUAGUGAAGAUUGAAAUGCAAAAAUAUUAACAUUUGUGAUUGAUCAAGCAAAGGUACUCUUCAUAUAGCAAUGGGAGAUGCCAAUAGUGACAUUCAGCUUCUGGAAGAGGAGCAACAUCGUCUGAAUACUUUUGGAGACCAGAGUUUUGUGGCUUCCUUAAAUAAUGCUCAUCUUGCCAGAGCUGGUUUCUAUCUUAGCCAAAGGGAAAAGAUAGUGAAGUGUUAUGCUUGUAAUGUGGAACUUAAAGCUAGUGACAUACACCCAGGAUUUGAUGUUUUGUCCUUUCACAAAGAAAAAAACCCGGCCUGUCCCUUUAUUAAGCUAGUACUUUCUCAGAAAAUACCUCGAUGGAAGUCAUUUUUAUCAGUUGCAGAUAGCCUGCGAUAUGAAAAAGCUCGGGCUGACACUUUUGUGGAUUGGCCAGUUACCUUUUUGUCCCCAUCAAAGUUAGCUGAAGACGGGUUUUACUAUCUUCGUAGACAUGACCACUGCGCUUGCAUUUUUUGCAGAGGAAUCAUUGGUGCCUGGGAAGAAACAGAUACCCCAAGGGGAGAGCACUCGAAGCAUUUUCCUCAGUGCCCUUUUAUAAAGGGCAAGCCUGUUGGCAAUAUUCCUAUGAAACAAAGUCUCAUUUUGGCCAAGUACAGUAACUUUUCUUGUGUCAAAGUGUGUAAUCCCUUGGAGCUCAACAGCAGAACUACUUCAGAAGGUGUGACUACAGCCAUAUCAGGAGAUGUGACAGGUCUUGGCCGGCAGUCGGAGAAGUGUCCAAGCAAAAUCACCGAUAAAAAGAAUGGGGUCAAUUUAAAAGAUAUUGGAUUGCAUGAGUACCGAGGUCCAAGGCACAAAGAAUACAUCACUUUAGACAGUCGCAUUAAUUCUUUUAAAAGUUGGCCAGAAGGUGUAAAACAACAGCCUUGUGAGCUAGCAGAAGCUGGGUUUUACUAUUGUGGGCCAGGUGACCAUGUCCGAUGUUUCCAUUGUGGGAAUGGAAUCUGUAAUUGGGAGAAUGGGGAUGUUCCUUGGGAGGUACAUGCUAUUUUUUACCCAAAGUGUAGUUAUGUUCUUUUAACCAAGGGUCAAGAAUAUGUUGAUAAGGUGCAAAAUCGUCAAAUAAGUGUAAACUUCAACAAUCCACAAAACUUCAUUGUUAGUGAGAGUGAAUUGGAUUCUUUAAUGGAGCUAGAUAUUAUGUGUGAAGUAAAAGCCUUGAAUUUCCCUGAAGCUCAUAUUAGGGAAGUACUGCGUAAAAGAGUUGAAACUACGGGGAUACCAUUUUUCACCACUGAACAGUGUGCAACAGCAGUGUUUGAAUAUGUGGAAGAAAAGACUAGAAUGUUUCUAGAAGAAACAUAUUUGGAGGGUAAUGAUGAAGUGUCAUCAAAUGUUAAUCAUGCCAGUGUGUCUGCUUCACCCUCCACAACUAAUUCAACUUCCAGUAUGCCUCACAACAUUGCUGCUGCCCUUCCAGAACUUCCAAACCACACUACUUCUUCACCAAUCAUACCACUUCCCCAGGUAAAGAGACAUGUUCCUAUAAUUCCUCUUCCUCGCCCGAUGUCUCAAAACACUUCACAAAUUAUGCCUUCCACAGUAGUGGGUGCAGGUAAUGUCUUGCAGCAGUCUUGUGCAAAUGAAAGUUUUGCUUUAGAGAACCAAAAUUACCUCCCAAGCAGUCUUCCACUGUCAGUUCAGACAGACUUCAGUGAGGAAAAGAAAGCAAUCCCACUCUCCUGUGAGCUGCCAUCAUCUGGAAUGAAGAAAGUUGCUUCAGCUGGGGAAGACAAAUCAGGUGAUAAACUAAGAGAAGAACUGGAUAGAGCCAGGGAGACUGUCAUGUGUAAAGUUUGCUUGAAUGCAGAUAUGUCAAUUGUAUUCCUUCCAUGUUCGCACAUGGCUACAUGUACCUCUUGUGCCCUUAACUUGUCUAAAUGUCCGGUUUGUCGAGAAGAAAUUAAGUAUACUAUAAAACCAAUUUUUUCUUGAGCACCAAGUUGAGCUUGUGUAUCAUCUGUGAUGCAAAUUACCGGACAUGAACUUUAUGCUGUAAAAGGAUAGGUAAGAACUCUUUAUUCAGAACUGUAGUUAGCUUUGAAUUUUUGUUGUCAUUCUCUCAGUUGUACAGAAUGUUAUCAAAUGGAUAUCUUGAGAUUUGCCAUUUUCAUAUAAAAUGUAUUUUACUUGAAACAUUCUAGAGAGGAUUAGAAAUGUACGAUAUUGUAGAAAGUAAGAUGUAACUUAAAAUGGAUAAAGACUGGCAACAUCUUAUGUCAUGCACUUUGCCAACAAAACUUUGUACGUAAUAAACUUAUAGAUGUUGCGCAUUUACAGUUGCUUAUUGCUGAUAAGGAAGUUUGAUGUCUUGCUCCUAAAGGUAAUUUUAAUUUCUCAAGUUAAUGGUAUGGCUUGAAAAAUUUUAAUCCUAUAUUUUCUUAAAAUGCAAACUAGUUUUGUAAUGUUAAUUUUUACUGACAAUGGCAACUUUGGAAGUGUAACCACUUUCAGAUUUUUACAUAAUAUGUAAGAUGUUACAGUUUGUAAUUUUAAGAGGAGGUAUUGCAUAAUCAUUGCAUCCAUUGAUUGUAGCAGUUCAUGGCAUAAGUGCUUAGUGGUCAAUCAGUAGAUGUAGCUCAGUAAUGCAUCAGAACACUUACAAGCUGCAGUUGAACAUUUUACAUACCAUCCAGGUGCUUCUUAUGAUAGUAUAUUUGUAAUUGUUGUGAAUGAUAGUAUAUUUGUAAUUGAUGUGAAUGAUAUGUAAACAUGCGCUCCCAUGUUUACAUGCUACAUAUGUUUUUUGAGCUUGGCUCGUAAGGGUUAAGCAUUGAAACUCAGUUCUAACAUAGAAAAUGGUUACAUAACAUCAGUACUAGGUUGUGGCGAAGAAAAUGGAUUUUUUUUAAACUUUGUCUUAGGAAAUGAAUAAGGUGUCUUUAUGCAAGUAUAAAAGGAAAAUGCUUGAAAUUAUGUUGUUUUAUAUAAGUAACUUACCAAAUAAUGAUAUAGCUUCUAUUAGUUUCCAAUUUCACUGCAGCUCAAGAUUUGAAAAACGUGUUAGUGUACUUUUGUUUUGGUGUAGAUAAUGACCCUGCCCACUCCCAGGAAGGAAUAGGUAUGGCAUGGCUAAAGAGCUCAAUUCAUUUCUUCCGGUCAACUACGAUACAUGGUUGUUCAACAGCUCUCAGAUUCUGUAGUUCACUGGAUGGUUGUGUUAUCUUCAUUUGGUGAAGUAUUCAGUUCUUUUGGUAGUGCUCUUUUCAUCAGCUUAUUUAGCUUCCUAAUUUUGAUUACUGACUGUGACUUAACAGUUUUAUUAAUAUAUCAGAUUCUAGUACUGAGUGUAGUAUCAGAUAUUGUAGUAAGGGGUUGGCUACAUGACCCACACAUGCUCCUAGACCAAGGUCCCUGCUAAGCUUUCAAGGCAAUAGGGGUCGCUGCCAAGCUCAUCCUUGAACCAACCUCCAUUCGACGUGUACCUCAAGAAAGCUUUCUAUCAAACUAGCCUCACAAGUGAGAACCAGGUCCUCCAGAGCACCCCUGUGGGAGCAAGACUUCUCAACCAGAGAUGCAGAACUGUCGGUAUUAAAAGUCCUACAAGAGAGAUACUUGAUUCCUUUCAAGGAGAAUCCUCCUUUGGUAAACUCUCCUAUCAGCUUAACAGCCUACUCGUUAGGUUUAAAGCAGUUUUCAGCCCUUCCAGGAAGUAUCAGUCCCCCUCGAGAAGCAAGCUAUAGAAGUAGUCAAGGAUUUCAGCACAGAGGAAUUUUACAAUCACCUGUUUGUUGUCCCCAACACAUCAGGAGGAUGGAGGCCUCGCCUCCCCUUGUUGUAAAUGCUCAGAACUUCUUUGUCCAAACAACAAAGUUCAGAAUGGAAACGAACAACUCGGUCCUGUCAGCCAUCCAGCAGGGAGAUUGGAUGGUAACGAUAGUUACGCAGGACGCAUACUUCUAUGUUCCGAUACACCAGGACUCCAGAAAGUACCUGAGAUUUGCUUUCCAGGACAGAGUCUACCAGUUCAAGGCCUGUUUCAGCCCCCAAAUGUUUACCUGGGUUCCUACCCCUCUAGCAAAAUGGCUUCACCUCAUGGGCAUCAACGUCAGCCUUUACAUAGACGACCAGCUCCUAUGCUCCCCCAUCAAGAUCAUGUACAGAGGAACUGCAGAAAACUCCUCCUUGUCCAGGAUUUGGGCCUUCUGAUAAACUUCAACAAGUCUUAAUUAGUCCCAACACAUUCAGUCGUAUAUUUGGGAAUGAUGAUUGAUUCACUUAAAUUUCUGGGCUUUUCCGUCUCUCCAAAGGAUUCGCAGCUGCAUACAGAAAGUCCAAAGUUUUUUCGAUCGCCCUUCUUGCUCGGCAAAGGAAUGGAUGAACUUCCUCAGAACCCUGUCAACCAUCAGGAGGUUUGUGCCAUUGCGAAGGUUACACACCCAAGUGUUUUGAUUUUACCUAAGAACUAGGUGGCGUAGGAAGGUAUGUAUUCAAAGAUUAUGUUCCCCAUCACUUUGGAAUCGAGAAAAACCUUUGGUGGUGGCUUUUAAAGGAAAGAUUUUUAGUGGGAAAGUCACUUGACCUUGGAGCCCAAACUUAACAUUGUAUUCCGAUGCAUCAAGUCAAGGUUGGGGAGCCUUUUAAAUGUGAAGGAGCUGAGAGCGAUUCACCGAACUCUUAAGUUUUUCGCAGCAGAGACGUACAACAGGACAGUUGCAGUCCAUUCGGACAGCAUGACCGCUUUAGUCUACAUAAAGAAUCAAGGGGGACUCAUUCUUUCUCGCUUUACAAAGUGACCAAAGACUUCCUUCUGAGGGCACAAGACAAUCGAACCAACAUUGUGACCCAAUUUAUUCAAGGUAAACUAAAUGUCCUUGCAGAAAAACUGAGCUGGGCCAAACAUGUUCUACUGACAGAGUAGACACUAAAUCUAUAGGUGUGAACUGACUGACCUAUGGAAACGGUGGAGAAAGCUGUCUUCCCUUUUCUGCUCUCCAGCUCCUGAUCCCCUGGUGUUUAACAGAUGCCUUGAUUCAAGAUUGAUCAGAGUUAGACGUGUACGCUUUCCCACCAUUCAGCAUGGUGAGUGAAGUGUUGAAGUUCAUCACCCACUCCAACACGUCAAUGAAGCUAGUAGCCCCCAUUUGGCUAUAGAAGGAAUGGUUCCCAAACCUUGUGAGACUACUGGUAGAUUAUCUGAGGCUAUUGUAAGUGAAGUCUUCUCAAACAGCCUCACUUUCACUGCUAUCACCAAAAUUUGUUCUCACUCUGACAGGCUUCAGACUGUCUGGGAGCUUGUCAAUGGGAAAGGCUUUUCAAGAAAAGCUGCAGAGGAAGUUGCAGGGUUUAGGCACCGAUCUUCUGCUACAGUCUACCAGGCAAAGUGGGCAGUUUUUAGAGACUGGUAUCUGGAACAUUGCAGCUCAUCUUGUAAGACCGCUGUAACUUAAAUUGCGGAUUUCUGACUGUUUUUGAGGUCAUCGCAUGGAUUAGCAACCUCUGCUAUUAAAGGUUACAGGGCUUUGUUGAAGUCUGUGUUCAAACAUAAAGUAGUGAAUAUAUCCACUAACCAGUAUAUCAGUGAUUUAAUAAAAUCACUGGACACAUCGAAGCACGAGAAAUCAACAUCAGUUGCCUGGAAUUUGGAUGUGGUCCUCAAAUGGAUUUCAGGCACUAUGUUUGAACCCUUAAAGGGGGCCGGCCGGCUAAUGCCAUUUUUUAAGGACAGGACUUUGAUAUUCAUACCACUUGAUAAGGUGACUUGGGACAUCUCCAAACCGCAUAUGAUUUUCGCCUCUGACCUUCGGUUUUGUGACGCCAGAGCAAUUUAUCUCAAAGAUAAGCAUUUUUCAAAUUUUAUCUCCUCCCUUGAUAUUUAAUAUUAAGACCUGGGAUUACUACCAUAUAUACUUGAAGUAGACCUCCAGUCCAAUGAAGUGUUUUUUUCUAAAAGUAAUUUUUUUGUGCUAGAUAUGAAGCUGGAAAAAAAAUUAUAAAAAAAAGACAAAAGAAAAAUUGGAAAAAAGGGCUUGAUUUGAUUGUUCUAUAAUGUCUUUCUGAGUUAUGUACCAAAUUUCAGUGCUAUAGCUUUAAAACUAUGUGAGAAGAUAGAUUUUGAAGAUCACUAAGUAUAGUUUUGAGAUACGGACGUUCAAAGUUUUCCUUUGUAUUUUUAUAAAGACAAUGUUAAUAAAUAAUUAUUAUUAUGAAUGCAUAUUUCUGUUUUUAGGUAUUAAUAAAUCAAAAACCUAAUUUAUUUCUUAUAAUUUAAUCAUAAAUGAUGAUCCCUUUGCUCAUAUAUCGUUUGCUCAUAUAUCGUAGCCUGGGGCACUGCGUCAGGCAAGAUGGAGCACUCCUUCCUAUGCAACUCUCUCUCUCUCUCUCUCUCUCCUCAUUAACUCGGCCUAUUUCAGGAAUUUUCUUCUGUAUGUUAGCGAGAUGUUUUCCUUGUAUUUUCCUCUUUUUGCAUGAUGAAAUUCUUGCAGAAACAAACAUAAACAAACGUAAAAGCAAGAAGGUCAGAGGUGAAACUCGAACGUGUACUCUCUAUUUACAAAGACAAUGUUUAAUAAAUCAUGAUUAUAAUGAAUUUCAUAUUCCUUUUUGGGUGUUAAUAAACCAAAAAUAUGUUAUUUAUUAUAAAUGAAGAACCCUUUGCUCAGCGACCGUAGUCUGGGGUACUGCACGACAUGUGCGUCAGGCACCACUCCCUCUCUCUCUCUUCACUAACUACGCAAAUUUCGUGUAUAUUAUGAUAUUCUGUAAUCAUAUUAGAGCUAAUUUUCUUCGUCUGUAUGUUAGCGAGAUGUUUUCCUAGUCUUUUCCUCAUUGGCAUGCUGAAAUUCUUGCCGAAACAAAGAUAAACAUACGUAAAAGAAAGCGAAUGUCAGAGGUGAAACUCGAAUGUGUACACUACAAGAGGUUUCUCCUCGCACUGGAAGCCGUAAACUAAGUUCCCUCCUGCCGCCUCAUGGAAUCUCUACAGAUGCCAUUGCUCACAAUUUUUUUGAAAAUAGUUAUAAAAAUUUACGAUAACAGAAGAAAUAUUGCAUUUUCUUGUACGGAUCAAUGUUUUUGGCUUAUUGAGUUACGUUUACUAAUUACCCUGUAACUACGAAAGUAAGAGGAAUUUUGACAAAAUAUUUCGUAUAUGUAUUCUCCAUUGCCAAAUGAAGCUCCAUGACUUUGCAUUUAUUGCCCUAUACCCCCAUAUACAAGGGUUCCGGCCAGCUCCCUUAAAUUAUUCUUCUUUAAGAAACUUCACGAAGAUGACUUAAUUUGUAAUGGCUUUAGCCACAGCAAAAUGAGUGAGAGAGCUUCAAGUGCUUGAUGAAAAGGUGGGUUUUCCCAAGGCAAUGCAGUUUGCUCAUCAAGUGUUUGGUCGAUGUCCUGGCCCUGUCAGAUCAGGAGAGAGAGUACUCUGCCCAAUUAGGGCAUCGAAGUGUUAUAUUGAGAGGACAAAAGACAUUAGAGGCCCCUCCCAAACCCUAUGGUGUUGGGUAAAAAAUCCCUAGCCUUUGAAGGUUCAAGAUAAAGCUCUUCUCUUGUGCAAAGUGAAAGCCCAUGAAAUAAGGGCAGUCGCUACUGGCUUUCAAUUGAAAUCUUUCGCGCUCUGCGAUUUUGCAGUCUGCUUUUUGGAAAUGAAAAUCUGUUUUUGCAAUGUU